AGUAAGGGCAUUAUUGAGUUUUUAUAGAUACGUGUCACCUCUGUUGGAGCAAAAGCGCGCCGUCUUUGUUCUUUUUGCCUCAUUGGACUGGACGAUAUGACGGACGACGAGCUCCUUCUGAAACUCGACGACUCCACCCGCAACGCCACGCGUCACCAGCUGGACACACUCCGCUCCAUCCUCGACCAAAACGGUACCGUGUUGUAUCUCCAGCCUUACCUCCCACCCCACGAUGCGCCGCUAGACGACGCCACGUUCCCCCGCUCCGUGCCCUUGUCUUCGUACGAUGACUACGCUGACCUCAUCAAUCAAAUGGCCGACAGUCCACGUCAUCAUCAUCAACCUCUCCUCUCUGUCGAUCCUCUGGUCUGCUUCUUCUACAGCUCCGGGACAAGUUCACCGAGGCCCAAGUUGAUACCUUACUUCGACUCUAAACUCUCCCAAGCCGCCUCCUACAUAGCUCACCAAGGCAGUGCCGCAAUUCUCAAAAGGUUGUUUCCUCCAAGGCCUACAGUCAAUAAGAUACUAUGGUUUAUAUAUGCCGAUAAUGUAAGAACUACUAGAGGUGGUGUUAAGGUUAUGGCUGCUUCCACAUACCCUUUGCAGAGUGGCAAUGCAAAUUGGUCUCAGCUUAGCUUUAUUGUUAGUCCCCGGGAAGUUAUUCUUGGGUCCAAUGCCGAGCACCAAAUGUAUUGCCAUCUUCUAUGUGGCAUUAGGAGCUUUGAUUUAGUCGAUGGUAUUCGAGCCCCGUAUGCCAUAGGCUUGAUCAAAGUGUUUUGCCUUCUAGAGUCCAAGUGGGAGCAGCUAUGUCAUGAUCUUGAACAUGGGUUCCCGAAUUUGGAGAUUUCUGAUGUUGCAAUGAGGAAUUCUGUUGUUGAGGUUCUUGGUGGGCCUCAACUGGACUUGGCAAAGAGAGUUCGAUCAGUUUUCGAGGAAAAGAGUCGGGGUGGGAUUGUGAGCAAGUUAUGGCCAAAUGUUCGUUAUGUUAGGUGUGUUACUACUGGAAGUAUGGAGCAGUAUUAUCCAAAACUUAAGCACUAUGCAGGAGAGAUACCUCUUUUAGGUGGAGACUAUUUUGCCUCAGAAUGCUGUGUGGGUAUUAACUUGGAUAUUAUGCAACCCCCCGAGAAAACUCGAUUUGUUUUGCUUCCAACUGCAGCAUAUUUUGAGUUUCUUCCAUUUGAUAUGAACGAGACUGAUGCUGCUGGCAAAGAAACAGUCGAUAUUUCUGGUGUUGAAGUGGGGAAGAUGUAUGAAGUCAUUGUCACUACUUACAGAGGAUUUUACCGGUAUCAUUUGGGUGAUAUAGUGAGGGUUGUUGGUUUUUAUAAUUUAUCUCCACAAGUGGAAUAUGUCAUGAAAGCACCCAAAGGGCCCAAUGAGAUUAUAACUGAGAAGGAAUUGAUGUCUGCAAUCCACAAGUUUCAGCUUGACCUUGGAAAUGCAAUGGAAAUGGAGAUUACAGAGUUUGCGAGUUUUGUAGACAUGGAGUUGAGCCCAAAACAGUUGAAGGUAUUUGUAGAAGUUGAAGAGGGAUGCCUGUCACUUAUGCAAGAGAAGAUAGAGGAGUCAGUUGUAGUUCUAAGGAGGUUUUGUUCUUCCCUCGAGGAUGGUUUGGGAGGCAUUUACGGGGUCCAGAGAGAGAGAGGUGAAUCAGGCCCUUUGCUAUUAUAUGUUGUAAAGCCUGGUAGCUUUGACAGGCUAUCACAGGUAGCCAUCAGGGAUGGAGCACCCGCUAGUCAGUAUAAACCACCUAAAAUCAUAAGAAAUCGUGAAAUUGCUCGUCUCCUUGAAGGGUGUGCUCUUGUUACCGUUGUAUGAAUUCUUGACAAGAAAGAGAAAUCAAGGUUUACUCUUGGCAAGAUGCGUCCUCCUGUAUGAUUUAUAUCUUGAACCUUAAAUUACGGGUGUAGUGUACAACACACGUGUCUGAAAGUUCUUCACCUUGAACUGUAGUUCUGAUUAACUAAUACAUUGUUGUAACAAAUGUUUCUUGUAAAAUUUGUUCAUAAUCGUCUGUUACUCUGUGUC